CGUGAGCACAUCAAGAAUCUUAUGACCAGUAUGGAUGGUAUCAAAGCUGGGGCGGGGAUAAUAUCUGGCUGGCAUCUUUUCAAUGAUUUUGAUAACUCUCAGGAGGAUUCGUAUGACACCAAAUUAUUUCUUAACUAUCAGUUACAUAGAGAUGGUGGACUGUUUAACUACAGACACGCUUCGUUCCUUACUACGUAUUUCCUUGAAGGCAAGAAAUACUUGAAAUAUCUCACGGAAAGAUUUCAGAAAAGAGGCGGAAAGAUCAUUCAAGGUCGAGUAAAUAGUAUGGAAGAAUUGGUUGGGAAAUAUGACGUUGUUGUCACGUGUGUAGGACUCGGAGCUAAGACGUUGCUAGGCGACGACUCUAUGGUACCAAUCAGAGGGCAGGUUGCGAAGAUCCAUGCACCAUGGAUGAAACAUUUUCUACGAACAUUCACAUCUAAAAAACAAGAGUUAGACACAUACAUUUACCCUGGACAAGAGUAUGUAACAAUAGGCGGGACAAGGCAAGAAGGUGAUUAUAACCUAGCAAGCGACGACGAAGACGAGAAACGAAUCUGGACAAAUGCUUGCAAGUUGAUUCCAGCAUUGAAGGACUGUAAGCCAGACUUUUCUCUCGUUGGGCUACGUCCAUGCAGAAAAAAGGGAGUACGACUAGAAACGGAAACAAUGAAGUUAAAGAAUGGAACAUUGAAAGUUGUUCAUAACUAUGGUCACAGCAGUGCCGGCAUUGCCCCUCACUGGGGGUGCGCACAGGAUGCAACACAACUGGUCAAGACGUGUCUACAAGAUACUCAGCUAAAAUCACAACUAUAACCAUGACAAGUGUAGUGUUAACGUUCUACGUUAUUUAUGUGGCUAUUCGUAAUUUGAUUCUUCUACAUCGAGAAAAAAUGUACGUGUAAAAUGACGAUAAUAUAUGGCAUCGCAAUCAAUGUCUUUGGAGGGGG